GUGAUGGCAAUUAGAAGAACUUGGAAGUUCCUGUCCUCUCUCAUCAACUAAUUAUUAGUUAAAUCUCUAUAACUAGAAAAGAAAAAUGUCGACAAGAUUUGAGCCAUGUGUGUCGAUUGAAUUUGACAGCUGUACUGUGGACGAAAUAGCGACGUUAGCCAAAGACUGGGCUUUGCUGCAUGGUUGUUGUUUGAGAUCGCGUCAAAAUUUCAGCACCGAAUCGGUCGAGUUUGCUCCUUUCCUAUUGAUUCCAUCCGUUUUCCCGAAAAAGGAAUUCGAUAAAGCCGUCGAGCUCCAAACUCUUUUCAACGAGAUGACGCAUCGAGUCGCCAACAAUCGCCAAUUCCUUGAGAGCACCCUGGCAGCAGCCAGCACAGUUGAUCCGUUCACCGCUCGAUUGUUUCAAAUCUACAAGACAGUUCAAGAGGAAGGUGUAACUCAGACUAUCGAUUUAGGUUUAAUUCGAAAUGAUUUCAUGCUGGGGGCUGAUUGUCCAAAUUGCAUGUCCCCUUGCUGUUUUCAAUUGAAACAAGUUGAAAUCAACACGGUGGCAUCUGGAUUCGCCUCCCUGGGACCUUCAGUAAGCUGUCUUCACAGGUUUGUGAUGCAAGAACUCUCUCAUGGUGACAAACUCCAGCAGUUGCCGGAGAAUAAUGCGCUAGAAUCGCUCUGUGGUGGCAUAGUCAAAGCCUGGGAAAUGUAUAACCAACCUCUGGCUGUUAUUUUAUUUGUCGAGUCGGAAGUGACACACAUCGUUUCUGAUCAGAGAUUGCAAGAGUUUGAAAUCCGCCGGCAAAAUCCCAACGUCAAGGUAAUUCACCGCACUUUGACGCAGCUGGGCAGAGGAGCGGCUGAUGCGCUGGACGCUGAAAAGAAACUGAUUAUAGAUGGACAAGAAGUUGCAGUGAUUUACUUCCGGAGUGGAUAUGCUCCCGAUCAGUACAUGUCGGCUGACGGUUGCGAAUGGGACGCUCGUCUCAUGAUGGAGAGAUCAAAGGCCAUCAAAUGUCCGAGCCUAUCGUAUCAUCUGACUGGGACGAAAAAAGUCCAACAAGUCCUGACUAAUCCUGGAGUUUUAGAGCGCAUAUUUGACGACGAUCCAGUUAAAGCUGCCAAAAUCAGAAAUGUCUUUACCGGACUUUACUCUCUCGACCUGGACGAAGAAGGUGAUCGAGCUGCUGAAAUGGCCAUUCAGAAUCCUGAGAGGUACGUCCUCAAACCUCAACGUGAAGGAGGUGGCAACAAUGUCUACGGAAAGGAGGUGGGACAAGUCUUGGCAAAGAUGAAAGGCGAUCCUGUAAGAGCCGGUUACAUCCUGAUGGACGUCAUCCAGCCUCCGUUGCUGCGAAAUUGGAUGGUACGACCAAAUAAUCCCCCCGUUCUUGUAGACACUUUGAGUGAACUAGGAAUAUUUGGAGUCGUUAUUGGAAAUGAUGAUGGAAUCUUGCACAAUUCAGCGAGUGGACAUUUGUUGCGCACGAAAAUCCACACAUGCAAUGAAGGAGGAGGUAUUUAAAUGUCUUUUAUUAAUUGUAUUUAAUUAGGACCUA